CAUAAAUUUAAACCUGACAAGAUGUUUUCUCAUUCAAGAGUUAAAAUUGUUAUUAUUGGAGCCGGACCAGUUGGAUCGUUGUGUGCAUGUUUUAUGGCAGAACAUGGGUAUGACGUUACCGUCUACGAAAGUCGAACAGAUAUUAGACUUGAUAAAUCAACAUCAGGACGAUCUAUAAACUUAGCUUUGUCAGAAAGAGGCAUUAAAGCUCUACAAUUUAUCGGUCUCGAUAAUAUUGUUAUUGAGGAACUUACAGAACCUAUGUAUGGUAGAAUGAUUCAUUCAAUUGAUGGCCAGAAAUUUAGCAUUAUGUAUGAUAUUAAUAAAAGCAAGUGUUUAUAUUCUGUUAGCAGAAAGGAACUCAAUGCAUUUUUAUUAACAAAACUUGAAAAAUAUUCAAAUGUGAAAUUAAACUUUUCGCAUAAACUCGUCGAUGUUGAUUUUAAUUCCAAACUAUUAACAUUUCAAAAAUUAUUAGAAAACCAACAAGAAACUGUAAAACCGGAUAUAGUUAUUGGAUGCGAUGGGGCUCACUCUGUUGUUCGUAAACAUAUGAUUCGUCUGCCAAUGUUUAAUUAUUCGCAGACAUAUAUAGAUCAUGGUUAUUUUGAAAUAAGCUUACCAUCAACUGAAACAAAAGAAACUUUAACUCCGGGUCAUCUUCAUAUUUGGCCGAGAAAUACAUUCAUGUUGAUAGCAUUACCAAAUAAAGAUAAAUCUUGGACUUGUACUUUAUUCAUGCCAAUGAAUAAAUUUCCAUUGAUAUUAGAAUCUGGAAAAGAAGAGAUUUUACAUUUUUUCAACGAAUACUUUAAGGAUUUUAUGGAUUUGAUUCGACCGGAACAUUUAUUAAACCAAGUGACUAAUGGAAAAGCAAGAACUCUUAUUUCUAUUAAAUGUAAUCCAUAUCACGUUAAUGAUAGUUUUUUAUUGAUGGGAGACGCUGCCCAUGCUAUAGUGCCUUUUUAUGGUCAAGGAAUGAACGCUGGUUUUGAAGAUUGCACAAUUUUGAAUCAACUUCUCGAAGAAUUUGACCAUGAUUUGAAAACUAUUAUUAAAACGUUUACAUCUAGAAGAAUUCAAGAUGCAGAAGCUAUUAGUGAUUUAGCAUUUUACAACUAUAUUGAAAUGCGUGAUUUAGUUGCUCGUAGAAGCUUUUUGUGGCGAAAAAAACUAGACAACAUACUAAAUAAAUGGUUUCCUCAAACGUGGAUACCACUUCAUAGUUCAGUUUCUUUUACAUCAAUUGGCUAUCGACAGUGUAAACUUGACAAUCAGUGGCAAGACCAAAUUUUGUUUAGAAUGUUUAUUCUAUUCGCAACAUUCUUCUCUAUAAGUUUGUAUUUCAUUUUUGCAUCAAUAAUGUCAAAAACAUUACAAUAAAACAAAUUGCACACAUACUUAUGACAUGUCGAUUAUAAUUGAUCCAGAUCAUGGCAUUAUGAACAAGAUUUAUAAUUUAUCAUUUUAUAUACUCUUACAUUAUAAGAUAAUUUUAAAUUAGCAUUAA